AUGGUUACCUUUGAGGCAUACCAGCUCACCUGCUUCGAUCAUCUCUUCUCUCUCUUCUACGGUGGAUGUGCUCUAUCAUUCCAUAUCUCUUGUCCCGAGGAAGCAGUCCCAAUAUUGUGUGGAGGUUUGGAACGCCUUGUUUCUCAUUUGCCCUUUCUAGCUGGAAAGGUCAGCCAGAGUGGGAAAAUAGCGGGGGUCCAUCCUAUUCCUACCACCACCUCUGGCAGCUCGCCGCCAAUUGCUGUCGUACGGCAUUUUCCCAAGCUACGCCUUCUUUGCAAGCCCGGCUCCCGCAGUCAACUCUGCAGGGAUUAUAUACGUGAUGAAUCACUCAUUCUUGCGCCCUAUGAACUAUGUUCUCUCGCCGGCACUCCGGUGGCAAGAUUCCAAAUCAAUGUUCUCGCGGACGGUAUCAUUUUGGUCCCCUGGGUCAACCAUAUGGCAAUCGAUGGUAUUGGCGUCGACAAUAUGACCAGAGCCUUGUCCAUCUGCUGCCAGGCAGAUAAUAAUCCCCUAAAGGCUCGUCAACUGCCGACUGAUCCUUCUGUAGAGGCAGACACAAGGGCAGUUCUGGCGAAUUUCGCUAGGAGCCAGACGAAUACCAUCACAAACUCAGGAACGGAGACAGAUGGCCCUCCUACUCUGGGAGAAGGAGAGAACAAUGUAUCUUCUCUUGUUGACUACAAUUUCUGCUUUGCGGCCUCCAAGGUUCAAAGGCUAAGGAAUUGUGUCCGGAGUCUCUGGCCUGAGAACAAAGACAGCGAUCAACCGAUCCCGCGGAUCUCAUGCGAUGAUAUUGUCACCGUAUUUAUCUGGAUAGCUUUGACUUCUCUCCGACAAGAUGGGAUGAGUAUUAAUCAUGGUACAAUGAAGUCCACCCUCACCAGGGCUGUAGAUAUCCGCAACCGAUUCAGCAACCCAAUUCCUAGCACCUACUUCGGCAACUGUGUUGUGCUCUUGAAGGAGAGCCUUCCACUUGAAGUGCCGCAAUGGAGAAAUACUCUUCCUGGCGAUGAUGACCAAAAGUCAUGCAGUACUCUUGCGCCUGUUCUCCACCGGGCAGCAGACGUUCUACGUUCACGUCUCCAAAGCCUUGACGAUCAGUACAUCCGUGAAAUCUUCUCAUCGCCACACCUCCCCGAUGCUGAUCCCGGUCCCAAUGUCUUCGUGAGCAGUCUCCGUCAUUUGAGCUCCUACAAGCAUGAUUUCGGGCCAGUACUCGGACAAGCAAAUGGAUUCCACUUGCUACCAUACAUGCGCCCAGAUGGUGUUUGUACCAUCAUGCCUAAGCGGCCCGACCAAGACGAUUGGGAAAUUAUGGUAACUUUGAACCCAAAGGAUAUGGAGCUCUUACGUCAAGAUUCCUGGUUUCAGUGGAUGUCGCAAACCACGACGCCGAUCACCUUAUUUGAAUCACUUUGA